UCAUCGUCGUCGACAUCAACAUAUCAACAUCAUCGUCAAUUGAUAAAUUACUUUAGUGGAAAAAUAAGAGGAAAAAAAAAGUUAAACAUCAACAAAUCGACAUAACAAUCGGACUCAUCGACAAUACGUAUAGUAACUCUAGAAAAAAGUUUUUCGUCUAUUUUGCUCAGAUCGUUCAGGAACUACUACUGAUAACCAUUCCAUUUGUUAGAUUUACAAAGAACAAAAGCGACAAGAAUAUUAUUGCAAUAGUUCGACGAAAUAGUUUUGUUUGAAACUUCAGUGUAAGAAAUCUUCAAACUAAAGUGAAAGUUAAAGUCAAGUAAGUUUUCAGUCGACGGCAACCAAUUCAAUUGUGAAAAAAAUGUUGAAAAAUUCGAAUAACAAAAAUGAUGAAAAUAAUUUGGAUCUUGAUGCUAUUUCCACUCUAUUUAAUCGUGAUGGAUUUGUUUUGAUCGAAAAUUUUUUGCCAACAACGAUGAUCGAUGAGUUGUUAAUCGAAACGAAAAAUUUAGUUGAACAAUUUGAUCCGCAACAAACAUUGAACAAUGAUAAUGAAGAAGUGACCAUAUUCUCUGCAGGACAAAAACAAUCAACUAAUGAAUAUUUUCUUGGGUCAGGUGAUAAAAUACGGUAUUUUCUCGAACAAGAUGCAUGGGAUGAAAAAAAUAAUUCUCUCCGAGUGCCGAAAAUAAAUUCAUUAAAUAAAAUUGGUCAUGCAUUACAUUGGUUGAAUCCAGUUUUUAAACGAUUUACAUUCCAGCAGCGUUUUCAAAAUAUUGUUCGAUCGAUAGGUUUCGAAGAUCCAUUGGUCGUACAAAGUAUGGUUAUAUUUAAAAAUCCACGCAUUGGCACCGAAGUUCCUGAUCAUCAGGAUGCAACAUUUCUAUAUUCAACGCCUGAUCCACGUGUGAUGGGAGUCUGGUUACCUCUUCAAGAUGCUACGGAAACCAAUGGUUGUUUACAAUUCAUUCCAGGUUCACAUCGUACACAUCCAUUACAAAAACGUUGGAUACGUCACCUAGAUCCUAUAGAUGGCCGUGUAUACAUGGAAUAUGUACAUCGUGAUUGGUACAGUAUUCCAGGCAACAAUCACCAUAUUGACAGUGAUGAAAAAGAAUUGUUGAAUAAAUCAAAAUUCAUAUCGGUACCAGCUUCGAAAGGUUCUUGUUUGUUGAUCGAUGGCCUAGUCGUUCAUCGAAGCGAUCCGAAUUUAUCGGAUAAAGCAAGACCAGCUUAUACAUUCCACAUAUUUGAUCAAGGAUUUGUUCAUGAUAAGUAUGAUGAUGAUGAACGAAAAAUCCUAGAACAUCAAUCAACAACAACAUCGAAGCCAAAACCAAAACCAAAACGGCAAUGGAAUCCGUUUAAUUGGAUUCAACCAACCGAUCAAUACUCGUUUCCACGCUUAUAUCGGAAUGGUCAUGAUGAUGAUAAUGAUUAUGAUGGCGUUUCCUCAGACUUCAAAUGAAAUGUUUUUUGUAGAAUUCAGU